CGGGAGCGAAGUCUCGCGAGAAGAGGCAGUUGCCGUAGCGGAGCCCUCUGGCUCUGUGAGUGUGUGAGUGGAUGUGAGCCGCCGCCAGAGCCGCGGACGGUUUGCUCAGCCCGUUAGCGCCGCUGGUCCAGACUCCCGCCGCCGCCGCCAUGUCCCGCUACCUGCGCCCCCCCAACACGUCUCUGUUCGUCAGGAACGUGGCAGACGACACCAGGUCUGAAGAUUUACGUCGGGAAUUUGGUCGUUAUGGUCCAAUAGUAGAUGUUUAUGUUCCACUUGACUUCUACACUCGACGUCCAAGAGGAUUUGCAUAUGUUCAAUUUGAGGAUGUUCGUGAUGCUGAAGACGCUUUACAUAAUUUGGAUAGAAAAUGGAUUUGUGGGCGUCAAAUUGAAAUACAGUUCGCACAGGGGGAUCGGAAAACACCAAAUCAAAUGAAAGCCAAGGAAGGAAGGAAUGUAUACAGCUCUUCACGAUACGAUGAUUAUGAUCGAUAUAGACGUUCUCGGAGCCGAAGUUAUGAAAGGAGGAGAUCGAGGAGUCGCUCUUUUGAUUACAACUAUAGAAGAUCUUACAGUCCUAGAAACAGUAGACCGACUGGAAGACCACGGCGUAGCCGAAGCCAUUCCGACAAUGAUAGAUUCAAACACCGAAAUCGAUCUUUUUCAAGAUCUAAAUCCAAUUCAAGAUCACGGUCCAAGUCCCAGCCCAAGAAAGAAAUGAAGGCUAAAUCACGUUCUAGACCAAACUGCAGCUGGAAUACCCAGUACAGUUCUGCUUACUACACUUCAAGAAAGAUCUGAAAGCGGAAAAAAGAACCAAAGAAGGGCAGUUCAAGCGACCAAAGGGUGGGUGGAAGGUGCUGCAGUAUGAAUACUGUACGAAUAUUUUGACUCUGGUCUGAAAAGAUAAAAGAAUUAUCGAAAGCUACAUGGAAUAAUUGAAGUCCCUUCAAGUUUGAAAGUAAGCAUUUUAGGACAAAUAAAAGGAAAUUCAACUUUGUACUUGUGGAAACUAAUCCCUAAAUAUGAAGAGGUAUAUAUUGACUCAUGGGUGGCAAAUCCAUGAUAAGUUAUUGGAAACUAGGAUGUCGGAAUAUCAAGGAAGACAGCCAUAGUCUCUAACAGUGCCUCUCUUGGUCUGUCUCAAACUAAAUUGGAUGGUAAAGGUAUGGUCCAAUAUAAAGUUUUUCUUGGUUAUCUCUUAAAAGUCAGUUCCACUUAGUCAGUGUUGGCAGGUCUUGCCUUUGCUUAUUCCAGUGCCAGUAUUUUCUGCUUAAUUGUUUGUUUUGUUGGCAUCUGAGUUAUUUACUUGUAUACCAUGUGCAGUUUACAUCUAACCACUCCUUCCCAGGUUAAUUCCACUUAUACUUGACAUCCAACCAUGAGGGCCCAUCUCUUUCUCACCUCUUGCCUAGACAGUAUGUUCAACAGACAUUUACUGAAUGAACCCUGACUGUGGGCAAGACAUUAUACUGGAUAAUUGGAGAAUAGACAGAUAAUUAGUUAAGUAUCUGAGUACAGUCUAGUGAAUCAUUACAGUGUGGCUAUAUCUUGAGGUGUAUUGUGACAAUACUUCAUGCCAUUCAUGUCCUAAUGUAAAUUGUAAACACAACAUACUAUCAAAGAUAAGUAAUUUUAUGGUUGUCUGCCAUUUUAAGUUAUAACAACAAAUAAUGAAGAAAAGCUGUGAAAAGCAGAUUUACUGUGCAGUGGUUAAUAUACUAGAGUAAUACUAAAUUGUUAGCCCCUGGCUCAGUCAAACAAAUAGAUAGUCCCCAAAAUAACAAGUAUAUAACUUUGUACUAAAGCAGACCCUGGGUGCUAUAAUUAGAUUAUUUUGAGGCAGACAGCUGUUACCCCAUGGACUUAGCAUAUUCUGUAUUGGGAAAAAAUGUUUACCAGAUCCGACUUUUUAGUGAUCUACUUGUACAUUUUAUGGGGGACAUAAUUCUGCGUGUAUAGUUGAUAACUUUAUAGUGUCAAUGUUUUUGAUUCCUUGGUUCCUUGUUAGGAUAUGAUGCUUGUUUAUUGAUUCCAUCACUUUUGAAUUUUUGUUGUAUUUUGCCACAUUUUUAAGCUGUCAAAAUCUGAAAUCUGGAAAGUGUAAAGCCUUUUAUAACAAAUUUUAAAAUGUGAUAGGAUUACACAUAAAUGAAGGGAGGUAAAAUGAAGGUUAUUUUAUCUGUGUUAAAAACAAAGUUUUUUUAGUCUGCCCAAACUUAAAAAGGCAGCAGGUACCAGGUGAGAAUUAUAAAUUUUGGCUUCAUUUUUGUUGCUGUUUUUAUUUUGAAUCAAGUUGGAAAUGCUUUUAUAGUUUUAUUUUCAAGGACAUAAUAAAAUUGAUAAAAACUGAAUUUAGCAUUUAUUUCAAGAUUAUAAAUAACUAAAUGUAUUUUAUACCAUACAAACUCAUUAGCAUUGGAUUGGUUUUAAAGAUAGAGGUUCUGUGUAUCUGUGCAGUUCAUGGGUGUUUUGUUCCCUACCUCCCCUCUCCAUUUCCUUUCUAAUUGAACUUAAGGCCUUCCAGAGGAGAGAAUUGAGUUGUGUAUUCACAUGAGGGUUUUGUUUUAAUUGUACUUUUUGGGUUUCUUUGCUUUUAGGGGUUUCAUUUGCUGGGAAAUAACCUUGUUCAUUUACAAGUACAAUAACAGUACUUGACAGCUCUUAAGUUUAAGUGUGGUAAAUUAGAAAGGGCCCCUGUGGUUCAGGUAGUUGUAGAGUUAAAUUGUUUUAGUCUUGUCUACUGUGGUUUUCCAUGUAUAUUAAAGGCUGUCAAUAUUACUAAGCACUUUCUGUGCCAAGUUGUAUGUUUUCCAGAUAUUCCUACUUAACCUUAAAUCGCUUGUCUUCUGUGGGAAGCCCACCAUGUGGACAGAAAGUUUUGCAUACAUACAUACAUUCAUUCAUUCCUUACUACCUUCUAAGUAUUCCACAAUUGUAGGCUGUUUGGAGCUUGGGUACUCAAAGCUGACUUUUCCAAACUUCAGUUUUCUUUUGAGUCUUUGUUGUGCCGCCCUUUUUUUAAAAAACAACAAAAAAAAAACCAAUAAAGAUGUUCCUUCUUAUAAAACAUUGAGAUUAAAGACUAACUUGAGCACCAAGAAUCAGGAUCAUCAAAACCCUUAGGUGUCCCAGAAAGGAAGUGUUCUCAAUUUUCGGUGAUGAUCUGAUAGAUGAAUAAACAACUAUCAGUUUCCUCAAGGUAGUCUAUUCAUUGUGGAAGAUGACUCUUUGCUCUUAAGUGUUUUCUGUCUCUUCCUCCAACAAUGUUAAUGUUUGUGUAUUUGUAAAGCUGGUUCACCGUUCACCCUGUGUUAAAAGUGGAGGUUUUUUUUUUUUGUGGAGUUGCGGGGAUAAAAGUUUGAGGCAUGUAAAUUUCAUUAGUAACAGUUUGUAAAGAAAGAAAAAAGCCUUUGUAAUCCAGGUGUUUUGUAGAACACAUUGCUUUUGAAUGCUGGAGAGAUUAAAAUAAAAUGGUCUAGGUGCUUUUUUAAAAAAGUAUUGGUUUUUCUGUAGACUUUGUUGUACCUGACAGGUAUGACUACUCCAGUAGACAGUUUUGUUUUUGAGGUUUUAGAGCUCUGUUCUUUGAUGAAGUCAUUACCCUUGAAAAUCGGAUGGAGGGGUGGAAACUGCAAAACUUAGAGCCUUUUGAAAUCCUAGUACAUGUAUUUUGUGCUUAAUAAAGUAAGGUUGUCAUGGAGAUCAUACUACAGUGCCACCAAAAUCACAUAAAGCUUGUACAGUAUGUGGCUACCAGA